UGAUUUUGAUUUGAAACUUCUUUUUUUCUUUUCCCCAUUCGAUUUUUGCUUUAAUUUGUUUCUUGAUUCUUGAUUUUGUGAUCGCUGCUGCUGGUGUUUGUGUUCAGCUGGGGUUGAAUAUCUUGUCGUCGACUAUGUUCGAAAUAUAUUUCAGCUAAAAUGGGGUGGCUUAGUAAAAUUUUCAAGGGCUCGGAGCAUAAAGUUUCGGAGGGGCGAUACGAUUGGAGAUAUGGAGCUGAUACAGUGGAGAAUAAUCCAGCUUCUUCGUCCGAUUCGUGGUCGGAGAUUGAAGACAUAGACCGUGCUAUUGCAUUAUCUCUUUCCGAAGAAGAUCAUAGAGGAAACACGGUUAUAGAUAGUAAACCGCAGUUGGAAGAAGACGAACUACUUGCUAGGGCUCUUCAGGAAAGUUUGAAUAUCGAGUCUUCUCCAGAGUCAACGAGUCGGAAUGACAGUGGGAAUGGAAAUAGAUUUGGACACGGGAAUGGAUUCGGGCACGGGAAUGGAUUUGGACACGGGAAUGGAUUUGGACACGGGAAUGGAUUCGGACACGGGAUUGGGUAUGGACAUGGUAAUGAUAGCCAUUACCAGCCUAUAUCUUUCCCACAUACUACGAGUCUCAGGAUUUGUGCCGGUUGUAAUACCGAGAUUGGGCAUGGAAGGUUUUUGAGCUGUAUGAGUGCUGUUUGGCAUCCCGAAUGUUUUCGAUGCCAUGGUUGCACCCAUCCUAUUUCUGAUUACGAGUUUUCAAUGUCGGGUAGCUUCCCAUAUCAUAAAGCUUGCUACAAGGAGUCUUAUCAUCCUAAAUGUGAUAUCUGCAAUCACUAUAUUCCGACGAAUGCAGCUGGGCUAAUCGAAUACCGGGCUCACCCGUUUUGGUCACAAAAAUACUGCCCAACUCAUGAGCACGAUGGAACUCCUAGAUGCUGUAGCUGCGAGCGUAUGGAGUCAUGGGAUGCGAGAUUUGCCGCACUAAAUGACGGUAGAAAGCUCUGUUUGGAGUGCCUCGACUCGGCAAUUAUGGAUACCGAUGAGUGUCAGCCCCUGUUUCUUGAUAUUCAAGAGUUUUACGAAGGAUUAAAUAUGAAGGUCACGCAGCAAGUUCCGUUGCUAUUGGUCGAGAGGCAGGCUUUAAACGAAGCUAUGGAUGGAGAAAGACAUGGGCAUCAUCACAUGCCUGAAACUCGAGGCCUUUGUCUCUCCGAGGAACAAACAGUCAGCACCAUAUUGAGGCGGCCGAGAGCAGCUGGAGGAAAUCGUGCAAUGGGAAUGAGAACAGAGCCUUACAAAUUAACGCGGCAUUGUGAAGUGACAGCCAUCCUCAUUUUAUACGGUCUCCCGAGGUUACUGACUGGAUCCAUAUUGGCUCAUGAGAUGAUGCACGCUUGGCUUCGACUUAACGGUUAUCGAACGCUAAGACAAGAUGUGGAAGAAGGUAUAUGCCAAGUUCUCGCAAGUAUGUGGUUAGAAUCUCAGAUUCUAUACAUGUCUGAUAAUAACAGCAACGCGUCCACAUCAUCAUCGUCGUCAUCAUCGAGGCAAGGGGCGAGAUCUCCGUUCGAGAAAAAGCUUAGCGUGUUCUUCAAACACCAGAUCGCUUCCGAUACUUCUGUCGUGUAUGGAAAUGGCUUCCGAGCAGGUAAUCAAGCCGUGAUGAAAUUCGGUUUACAGAGAACCCUCGAUCACAUGCGAGAAACGGGCAAUUUUCCUUAUUAAAAUUUGGUAUUUUCUUUUUCAAAUUCGGAGUAAAAAAAUUUAUAUAUUCUUUUUCUUCCAUUCUUAUUGAAAUUGCAGCUUUGGCCUUUUCCUCCAUGUAUUAGCAUUUAAGGCCAUUCAUUUUAUAGGAAUUACAUAUUCAGUACAGAAGUUUUCUCAGAAUAGGUUUAGGGUGUCAUAUUUUAUCAUCCUUGUAUAUUUGAAGUCCUUAGCAUUUAUUUCUUUAAAAAAGAACAAUAAAAAUUCAUAGCCGACUGAUAUAUUUUCGA